AUGGCGACCAACGUCCCGGUGACGCUGGACACGCUGAUCGUCGUCAAGAUACAGCUCCAGGGCGCCACCCGCCGCUUCAAGGUCCCUCUUCGUGACCUCGGUGCGAAUGUCUUCCCCGACAAGGUCCAUCCAGGCCAGGAGGUCAUCUUCGAGCGCUAUUCCGACAGCGCCGGCGCCUACGUCACCCUUGAUGCCAACAAGCCCCAGGUCUACAAGACGCUCUUCCGCGCUGCUAAAGCGAAGCUCAAGCUGCGUCUCCGUGCAACCAUCCCAGGCCAGGAGAGCGAGCCCGCUGCCGCUGCUCCGCCUGCCCCGGUGCAGCAGCCGCUUUCCACCCCGCCCAGCUCGCUCCACCGCAUGAGCGCCGAAACUCUUUCACCUCCGCGUGCUGAGCCUACACUACCAUCGCCGCUCAUUGCCCACUCUCAGCCGCUUUUCUCUUCGCCGCCACAACCCGCUCCGAAGGCGGCCGCUCAGACUAGCCCUGUCUCUCCGCUGGUAGCUGACGCUGAGGUCAAGGGCGAGGCCCCUGUACCUCGUCCCUUCGUCGCAACCCAGCCGCAGCUCACUGCCCGCCAGAGUAAGGCUCAAGAACUCAUUGAGCAUCUUCAGAACCAAGGACUAAAAGAAAACUUAGGCUUCUUCAGCAGUCUUGCAGCUGGCUCGCGCAUCCCUGAUCUGGCCAUUCGUCCCAAGAUGGAGAACGUGCAAACCUCCUGGGUCGUCUACUGCAACAACUGCAACAUGGCCAUGGAAGAUGAGCACUAUCACUGCAGCAUCUGCGAUCACGGCGACUACGAUCUGUGCCCAUCGUGCGUCGAAUCUGGCAUUCACUGCCCGGGCUCUGGCCACUGGAUGGUCAAGCGCUUCGUCAAGAACGGAAGCGUCGUCAACAGCAACACUGAGCGCUUGACUCCUAGGAAGUCUCAAGUAGAGAAGGAAAUGCCAGGAGCCUUCACCGAGGAGAAGCAAUCCGUGCCUGAAGUGGUUGAGAAGCGGGAGGCCGAUGAGCCCACCCGCACCUGCAACUGUUGCGUCCAGAGUAAGUCAUCAAAUCAAUUUGACUCAUCCAGACAUCUGACCCCCUCAGUCCUCCACGAGCGUGAGUUCGUUACGUGCACCGCAUGCGACGACUAUGAUCUUUGCCUGCAGUGCCACAUCGACAACAAGCAUGGCCACCACCCCGGCCAUACUCUCAAGGCUGCUACUGAGCAAACUUCCCUGCCCGCUCUUGCCGAUUUCUUGUGCAAUGCUGGCCGCAACGUCCGCCACUCCGCCGUCUGCGAUGGCUGCGAGAAGUUCAUCUACGGCGUGCGCCAUAAGUGCUUGAAUUGCCCCGACUGGGAUUUCUGCUCCGAGUGCAUUAAGAGCGCUAAGUUCAUUCACCCUGCACACCGCUUCGUGCCCAUCUACGAGCCUUUGGCUGAGCCGGUGAGCAGCGCUAACCGCCACUACGGCAUCUACUGCGAUGGUCCGCUCUGCAAGGAUAGAGAGAGCAUAUCCUACAUUGAGGGUGUUCGUUACAAGUGUGCUGUCUGCCAUGACACCGACUUCUGCGCCAAUUGCGAGGCCCACCCCUCCAAUAGGCAUAACCACACUCAUCCUUUGAUCAAGUUCAAGCGUCCUGUACGCAGCGUUAAUGUCACCACCUUGAAUGAGGACAAGGAUGGCACAUCGAUCACUCGGGUUGGCGACCGGGAGCCUGCUAGGCGGUCAACUUCAACCGAGACUGUUUCAGCCUCCCCUUCCAAUGCCGCUACCCAGGUCCAGACCAUCGUUGAUGUGAAGCCAACCGAGGAGCCUCAGCCUAAGACGACCAAGGACAAGAUUGAGAUCCGUGACCUUCUCUCCGAGCCCGUCCAGGAGAAGAUCACUGUUACUACUCCUAUUCCUGCGAAUGAGACUCAAAAGGAGGUUGAGUCAUUAGUGGAGCUUGACGCCCACUUUGUCCGUGAUUCUAUUGCUGACGGUACCAAAGUUUGCUCUGGUUUCCAAUUCGUCCAAAUCUGGACACUCCGCAACCCUGGUCCCAACUCGUGGCCCGCUGGUUGCAGCGUGCGCCACGUCGGCGGCGACAACAUGCUCGAUCUUGACAACACGCGUGCUUUGAGCCAGAGCGAGCUUGCAGAGGCUAGCGAGAGCAAUGUUAUCGGCCGUACCGUGGCUCCUGGUGAGGAGGUGGCUUUCCGCAUUGUCCUGAAGGCGCCGAUCCGCGAAGGAACUGCCAUUUCGUACUGGCGUCUCAAGACCGCCGAGGGCAUGCCAUUCGGCCACCGCCUCUGGUGCGACAUUCAGGUCACCAGCCCGCCCGCUCCUGCCUCUCCGCUUGCGCAGGCCCCAGUUGAGGCUGAGGCUUCCACAUCACCCAUCUCCCGUAGACCUGGGACCGCCCAACAGCAAGAAGCACUGGAGCGUCUGAACAGAAUGCACCAGAAAAUGAACGGGAAGGAGGCGCUAGCCAAGCUUGAGGCAGAGCGUAUGCUCCGCAUCCAAAAGGUCCGCAAGGCUGCUGUCGAGCGUGUAAUGGAGGCUCGUCGUAGGGAGCAGGAGGCGGCUAUCGCCCGCCUUUACGCUGUCAGCGCGCAAGACAAGACCCCCGAGGUGUCCAUCAAGAACGAGACUGCUGAACUUCCCGCCGAGAAAGAGGUCACUGAAAACGCCGUCGAGAAGGAGGCUGAAAAGGUACCGGAGGUUGCACCCCACUCAGGCAUGAUCUUCCCUCAGCUUGACAAAGAGUCACCUGCCUCCAGCACACACGAGGCUGUGGCCGCUCCGGCCGAAGCUUCACGCCGCGCUAGCGUCACAACUGCUACUGUAUCCGACGAGGAGUUCUUCGAGGAUGCCGAGAGCAUUGAGAUCAUCUCUGACGAUGAUGACGAUGGUUUCAUGACAGACGAGGAGUACGAUAUUCUGGAGUCGGCUGACGAGAGCUUCCCGUGA